UUAUAUCACUGCAGCAUCCAUUCAAGCAGGAAAAAGACCCACUUAGACACAAACAGAAAUAAGACGGAAGAGACCAGCGCUGGUAUAAUAACCCCAACCCAGAGCAUAGGAGAGGCUGAGACCACCAUCACCUGCUGAGUGUCUGAGGAGGAUGGACCUGUGAGAGAUGUGUUUAUCACUACAGUUGGACAGGAGGGGGCGCAGCUGCCCUGCACUCCUCCUCCUCCUCCUCUUAUCCUCCCCUCCACCUACCCAGGGAGCCAUCAGCAUCCCCAAAGACUACAAAGUGCAAAACAUGAUGCAGCCCCCAGUGCUGACAGAGCUACCAGAGUCCUACACAGCCUUCACUGUAGAGGACAUCAGCCUGGCCUGUGAAGCCACUGGUAUCCCCACACCCAGGUUUCGCUGGGUGAAGGAUGGGGAGGAGUUGCUAUUGGAGGACCAGAGUUCAGGAACAUUCACAGCUAACGGACAGGAACCACUGAGUAGUUACCAAGGCAACUACCGUUGCUACGCAUCCAACACACUGGGCACAGCCAUGACACACACUGUACAGCUCAUCACAGAAGCCACUCCAACUCUACCCAAGCAGAGGAGAGGGCGUAAGACGGCAAUAGAAGGAGCCAGCAUCAUCCUGCACUGCAACCCUCCACACAGCUCCACCCCUCCACGUAUACACUGGAUGGACCGCAAGCUGAACCACAUAGGGCAGAGUGAGCGCGUGACCACGGGGCUGGAUGGAAACCUGUACUUCGCCAACCUGUUGAGGGAAGACAGCAGAGACGACUACACCUGCAACGCCCAUUAUAUAGGAGCCAGGACCAUCCUGCCCAAGGAACCCAUCUCUCUCUUGGUCACCCACAGUAAUGAGGUACUGGGCAGCAGAAAGCCCCACCUACUGCGCCCAUCUGGCCAGCACAGCUCCCGGAUGGCCCUCAGGGGCCACAUUCUGCUUCUAGAGUGCAUCCCUCAAGGCCUGCCCACCCCUAUGGUACAGUGGAGGAAGAAGGACGGAGAUCUGGCAGAUACGGGUGCCCGGGAGGAAAACUAUGGCCGCUGGCUUCGGUUUGACAGCCUAACACAGGAAGACGACGGGGAGUAUGAGUGUGUCUGCAGCAACACUGCCGGCUCAGAAAAACACUCCUACACCGUCACUGUGGAGGCGGCCCCCUACUGGGUGAAGCAGCCCCAGAGCCUGCAGUAUUCCCCUGGAGAGACGGUGCGUCUAGAUUGCCAGGCCGAGGGCAUCCCCACCCCCAACAUCACCUGGAGCAUCAACGGAGUCCCCAUCACAGCUGUGGACCCAGAGCCCCGGAGGCGAGUGUGGGGGGGGGUUUUGAUCCUGAGAGAUGUGGAGUACGCUGACACAGCCAUCUACCAGUGUGAAGCCUCCAACACACAUGGCAGCAUCAUCAUCAACACUUACAUCUACGUCAUAGAGCUGCCCCCCCAGGUCUUGUCUUCAGACGGAGUGGUGUAUUGGGUCACUGAAGGGGGACAGAUCAGCCUGCACUGUGAUACCUUCGGAUCCCCCAGGCCCCACAUCUCCUGGGAGAGUGAAGGAAUGGAGCUGCUUUUGUCUGACCCUCGAGUUUCCCUGCUGACCAAUGGAACCCUGGAGCUGACCAACGCCAGUAGAGAAGAUGCAGGAACGUACACCUGCUCUCUCACACACACCAACAUCAGCAUCACUGCUCACCUGGAGGUCCUCAACCGUACAGUCAUGCUGAUAGGUCCUCAAAGUGAACGGCUCAUCAGAGGUAGUGAGUGCUCAUUGGACUGUCUGUUCUACAAGGAUCCUCAGUUGACUGAUAUCCAGGUGGUCUGGAGGAAAGAUGGACGCAAGAUCAUGGAGACAGACAAGUACACUACCUUUGAGAACGGAACCCUCAGAGUCAGAAGCGUCCAAUCAGAGGAUGGGGGGCUGUACUCCUGUGAGGUCAUCACCAGGCUGGACAAAGUAGAAGCUAGAGGCUCUAUCACUGUCGUGGCUCCUCCGGACCCCCCCAGAGCCCUCUCUCUGUCUGAGCUGCAGGACAACACUGUUACUCUCAGCUGGACACCUGGACACACUCACAACAGCCCUACCACAGAGUUUGUGGUGGAGGGGAGGGAGGAGCAGCACUCUGACGAGGGGAGGUGGGAGGAGAAGGCCCGGGUCUCUGGAGAUGUUGGCCACCUGGAGCUGCGUGUCCUCCCCUUCUCCACCUACCGCUUCCGGGUCACAGGGGUCAACGAGCUGGGCAGAAGUGUCCCCAGCGAGCCCUCUGACUCCUACAGCACUUCACCUGCUGUUCCAGGCAGAAACCCAGAUAAAGUGCGUAGUGAGUCCACCGACCCCGGGACUCUGCUCAUCAUGUGGGAUGAGAUGCCCCCCCGUGAGUAUAACGGUCCAGGGUUCCAGUACAAGGUGUCAUGGCGACAGGCAGGGGGGCGUGGCCCCCACUGGAGCCAUGCCUACACACCCCGCCCUCCCAUGCUGGUGAACGACAGCGGCGUGUUCACUCCCUGGGAGAUCAAGGUCCAGGCCGUCAACUCUCUGGGGGAGGCCAGAGAGCUCGCCGUUGCUCACAAGGGCCACUCUGGAGAGGACGUCCCCCUGGGCUACCCUACAAGGCUGAAGGUGCAGGUGCAGAACAGCACGGCCCGGGUGAGCUGGGAGGCCAUCUCCACGGAGCAGACCCGCGGCUUGUUGACAGGAUACCGGAUCUACCUGACCUGGAUCAAGCAUGGCCGCCAUCGCCGCGCUCUGGAGCGCCGGGAGGGAGUGUGGGGAGGCAGGGGGGGAGGGCAGGAGAGGGUGUUGGAGGACAGGAGGGUUUUGGAGGUCAACGCGUCCAAGACAGAGGAAGACAUCCCAGGCCUGAAGCUCUAUUCGCUCUAUGAGCUGUCAAUUACAGCUGUUAACAGCAAAGGGGAGGGGCCUCACACUCCAACACAGUCUUUCAACACACCAGAGGGAGCUCCAGGCCCCCCCUCCUCUCUCCAGUUUGAGAGCCCCUCAGAAACAGAGCUCAGUCUGCACUGGCGUCCUCCUCUCCAGCCCAACGGGAUCCUGACAGGCUACCUGCUGGAGUACCACCCCUUGGAGAGUCAGGAGAGCCCCCAGCAGAUGGAGUUUUUUGACGACCCCUCAGUGACCCACUUCCUGUUGAAGGGGCUGGACCCCCACCGCCACUACCUGUUUUCUGUGUUUGCCCGCACGGCUGCCGGCCGUGGACUCCCCCUGCAGUUGGAGGGCGCCACCUUGCUGGAUGGAGCCCCUCCAUCCAAUAUCAGCAUGGUAGCGGGAGACACAAGUGUGAACCUGAGUUGGGUCCCUGGAGACCGACAACGCAACCACGCCUUCCACUUCCUCUACCUCCGCAAGACAGCUGGGGGUGAGUGGGAGGAAUCAGAACAGGUGAACUCAACGCAGGGAUCCUAUUUGCUGAUGGGCCUCCAGCCUGGGACACAGUACCGCCUCCUCAUCACCCAUGACAACCACACCCAUUGGGAGGAUGAGAUACAGACUGCUGGACCAGAGCUGUCGGAGGUGUUGGAGGGCUUUGCCACGCAGGGCUGGUUCAUCGGCCUGAUCAGCGCCCUGGUGCUGCUGGUCCUGCUGCUGCUGGUCCUCUGCUUCAUCAAGCGCAGCAGGGGAGGCAAAUACGCAGUGAAAGAUAAGGAGGAGGGGCAGUUGGACUCUGAAGCACGACCAAUGAAAGACGAGGCGUUUGGUGAAUACAGAUCCCUGGAGAGUGACGUGGAUGAGAAGCGUUCGGCCAGCCCCUCGCUGGGCGCUGACAGCAAGCUGCCCAGCGACGACUCCCUGGCCGAGUACGGAGACAGCGUGGACAUCCAGUUCAACGAGGAUGGCUCUUUCAUUGGCCAGUACAGCGGAAGAGGACCCGUUCCCCACGGCAAUGAGAGUUCUGGCCCUGCCUCCCCUGAGAAUCCGGCCCCUCCCCCUCCUCUGGCUCCCUCCCUCUCGGCCAUACUUAAUAUGCCCACUUAGAUACACGCUCCCACAUUCACACACACAUUCACACAUACACUGACUAAAACACACACAUACACUCACUCUCUUACACACACACUUAAAUACACCAUACUGCCUGGAUCAAGGCAGUAAGCCUGCAUAAAUGUAAAAUGUAAAUCAAGACAGUAAGGAACUGACCAGUCUUACCCUGACUCAACUGCCUUUGAUGCCAAAACACACACACACAGACACACACACUGAUGCAUCAACAAACCCCAGAAGUCCAGUGCAUUUCACAGGUGUAUGUGAAAUUGUUUACAUAUUGUCUUGCCUUCUCUCCAAUUUUAUGUCAUACACAUGAUAGACCAACACACACACACAUACUGGCAAACCCCCUCUCUUAGUUCUACUCAUGAGCACUGUCCUAGAGCUGUGUCAUGCCCUCAAGAUAGAGGGAGGAGAGGAAGGAGAGGGAGAGGGUAAAAGGAUGGAGGGAGAGAGGAUAGAGAGAGAGGGUGGAGAGAGAGAGGGUGGAGAGAGAGAGUAGUGACAAACUUAACAUCUUAAAGACCAUGUCAUUGAUGCUUUUUGGUACCAAUAUUAAUUUACCAUGAAAUCAAUUUUCCAUACAUUUUUACACAUGCUUUAUCAUUUGUCUUGUGUCUUCAGUCUUUUCCUGUGUCCUCUGCUAGUGUGUGAGAAUGUGUUUGGAAUGACUUACUGUGAGCUGUGUGUGUGCCAGUAGCUUCCUAUACCUAAGAUGCAUGUUCUCAGAGGCGCGUGUGUGUGAGUGCAUGCAUGCUCUCAAUCUCAAACCCAGACAUACAGUGAUGAAAGAUAUGCCUUAAGAGAGUUUGGCCUCCUCCUCACUCUGUUUUCAUCUGUCCACCCAUCUAUCCAUCUACCCAUCCAUCCAUCCAUCCAUCCAUCCAUUCUCCCAACGCCCACACACACAAAUUAAAGCACCUCCAUACACAUCGACACUCACACAUAUGCAAACACACUAUUUGAAGCCUGCUUCAACAAAUCCAGGAGCCAUCUGUAGCUAAACUGGCUCCUAUGAAAGAGAGAGGGAGGAGGAGGAGGAGGAAGAGGGGGAGGAAGGAGAAGA